GGCGCCCGCGGAGUCCCAACCGGAGAAAAACAAAGCCUCGGAUAACAACAAAACUAAUAUUUUACAGCUAAAUAUGCCCGGGAAUCCAUUUUGACGAAGCGAAACCUCUUCGACCGAGCUAUCCGCGGUGUUUUUCGUCACUCUCCGAGGCCUUUUCGGCGAGGUUGUUUAUCUGUAGUAAGGGGUGACUUGAAACCGCCCUCCCUUGCCCCAUUUCCUCGGUUGUUUUCCUUCUCUCGCCUGGAUUCUCCAUGUUGUUGGUGCAAAAGUGAGGACUUCGCAGCGACAGGAGAGGGGGGCUGCUCAGCGAUAUUACCAGUAAUAGUAAUGGUAAACCCGAGACGACAGAGCUGACAGAAUCGCAAAUAGCCUUCUAAAACAUUUCCAAGUGCCUUGCCCCCUCCCCAGGCGGACCGAGACAAGAAGCGAGGGGAAUAAAGAAACACUGGAACAAGAUAAAUCCUACUCGCAUCCAGGAUUGUAAAGGCGCGCCUACGGAUGACAAGUUACCUCGGCGAAUAAUUUAGUUAACUUGUCAAUAAAACCUAAUGAAGGCUGCCCAUCCUUGCUCGGGGAAAGGAUUUGAGGAUUUUGAGGGCUCUGUGAUUGUCAGAUGGAAAGUUCUAUUAUCACCCAAGUGCAGAAAGAAGACGUUCAAGUGUCACCGAAAACAGGCCAGGUGAGCCGGUCCUCCCUGAAACAGCCUCGGAGUUGUAACAUCUUCAAAGCACUCUUCUGUUGCCUCCAAGCUCAGGAUGGCCCCAAACCACCACCACCACCACCACCACCUUCCCAGCAUGCCUUGCUGGAGUCACAGGAAAAUGGGGAGGUUGUCAAGCAAUCUGAGCCCAGCCUGUUGCCAGAGGUGAAGGCCCAGGACCAAGGGAAGAUAUGUGUGGUCAUAGACCUGGAUGAGACCCUGGUGCACAGCUCAUUCAAGCCUAUUAGUAAUGCAGACUUCAUCGUGCCUGUGGAGAUAGAGGGGACCACACACCAGGUGUAUGUACUGAAGAGGCCAUAUGUGGACGAGUUCCUGCAGAGAAUGGGAGAGUUGUUUGAAUGUGUUCUGUUCACGGCUAGUCUUGCCAAGUAUGCAGACCCCGUGACGGACCUGCUGGACCAGUGUGGUGUGUUCAGGGCUCGGUUAUUCCGGGAAUCUUGCGUCUUCCACCAGGGCUGCUAUGUCAAAGACUUGAGCAGGCUGGGCAGAGACCUCCACAAAACCCUCAUCCUGGAUAACUCUCCUGCCUCUUAUAUCUUUCAUCCUGAAAAUGCUGUUCCUGUGGUGUCGUGGUUUGAUGACGUGGACGAUGCUGAGCUGCUCAACCUUCUGCCUGUGUUUGAGGACCUUAGUCAAGCUGACAAUGUUUACACUCGGCUGGACCAGCUACGAGGACCUUAGCUCAGAAAUUCAGGAGGAACCUGCUCAACUCCUUUUGAAGCUACAGCCGGACACCUCCUGAUCUGCAACAGUCCCACAAGUACAGGAUAGAUACUCUGGUUGAUUUUCCAGACCACGCAAAUAUUCUGCUCAGAAAAUUGUAUUAGUAUAGGGUUAUGGAAAUUCUGUGUCUGGAAAACUUAACAUAGUGUCUUUGGUUUGACUGCAGUCUGAGGCUUUUCAUCUGACCCUCAGUGCUGACUGGUAUUGAAACCACUGAUUGAAAACACUAUCAGAAAGAGUGGGAAGCAACAACCAAAGCAGUCCAGAAACAAUCACUCCAGUGAAUAUUAAAAUGGUUCUUUUGCCAAAGCAGAAGCCUGCCUACCCUGACUUGACUUUGGGACAUUGUUGUAUUAUUGUGCCUUUAAGGAACAACAAAAAACAUCAGCUCAUUUUAAAAAAAAAAAAAAAAUUCCAACAGGUUUUUAUAAAUUUUUUGUCUUUCAUUUUUCUAGUUUCUUUUUUAUUGAAAUCUAUUUUUAAACGGUAAACAUGGUUCUUCUAUGCAACCCAGUUCCGUAAUGACAUGGACAAUACCUCUUAUUUAGCCAGUAAUUGCAUUCAACAGAUCUAAGCAUCAGCCUUAUUUAAAUGUAAACGAGCAGCAAAACAAAGUGUAUCUUACUUCUUUGUACUGUACUGUAAAGAUAAUCUUUUCUAUAAAACAUGCAACAUGCAGUACUGGUGGGAUUGGGAUUUGACCACAUUGGCCUGGGGUGAAGCAAACGGGAUUAAAUUCUUCUGGUCAUUUGAAAGCAGACACACUGGAAAACCUGCGUGGCACAUAGGAUGGCCGUGAAUGCCACUUUUUUUUUUUCAGUCCAGGUUAAGUCUAAUAACUCAUUUGUCCUUAUGUUUCUCUUUCAUCACUAAAUGACAAAACUUGCACUUGUUUUAUAUUGACAGUGCUAGAGGUGACAACUGUGCCUUGAAAUUUUUUCGGACAGAGAGCAGUGCUCUGUCUGCACAGAGUUUUGUAGCCGAGGCCUACACACUCUGAUGUGUCAUGCUGAGCGUGAGAAAACACUGUCAACAUCAAGUGUAAUGCCAUGUGGCUGUGGUACAUGCAGUGCAACACUUGAAAAUGUCAUCGGUUUUGAUGAAUAUUUUGUACUGUUUUGAGUGUUUUGUCUGUAUUUAUUGGCCAAUACCUGUAUUGUCCAGUACCUCUUACUGCUGAACAUUUUGGAUUGUAAUCUAUUUGCCUACCUUGUUGCUGGUCUGGUGUUGAACUAACCAUCUAGUUUUGUUGUGCCUUCCAGUAAUUUAUGUUAAAUGAUGAUACCAGCUGUUAAGAAUGCUGUCAAAGUUCAGACAAUUUUUUUUAAAAUUACAGAAACAAAUAGACCUAAAUCCAAGAUGCAUUCAGUCAUGAAAAAACACACCAUAAAAUCAUCUGUGUUUUCAUCAGAAUUUUAUAAGGACAGAGAUUUGGUGGGCUAGGUUGGCUCUUGAGUAAUAUCAAGAUUAUUACUACGAUGUUAAUGUUUGAUGCAAUGAUUGCCUGCAUGUUGAGACCACUAAACUAUGAAAAUGUACCAGUUAUGAAUGACCAAAAGUGUUUGUUAAAGACAGUGAUGAUUUUGUCUGCUUUUGUCUCUCAGAAUAAAUAAAAAAA